UCAGGCCGACGCUCCCAGUUGAUCCUCUCGUUUGCGGACAGUGAAGGUUACCUGCUUCAACAGUGCUUGAACGGCAACCUUUCAAACUGUCUUCACGCACCACAGGACGGGACUAAUCGCUCCGAUCACUCAGAUUUCCAUCGACAACAUCUGAUCGAAUUUAAACGACCUUAAACCAUCAACUAGCUCAGUCAUCUCGAACACAUUUAGCCUGACAGCUAGCUUAACUGUUUGUUUUGCUAACAACGCGAGCCACAUCUUUUCGACCUCCUCACAAGAAGACCUGCCACUGAGAAUUGAACCAUGAGUUCCCAGGUGAGACAGAACUUCCACCAGGACUGCGAGGCUGCAAUCAACAGGCAGAUCAACCUGGAGCUGUAUGCCUCCUACGUCUACCUGUCUAUGGCGUACUACUUUGACCGGGAUGACCAGGCAUUGCACAACUUUGCUAAGUUCUUCCGUCAUCAGUCACACGAGGAGCGUGAGCACGCUGAGAAGCUCAUGAAACUGCAGAACCAGAGGGGGGGAAGGAUCUUCCUACAAGAUGUCCGGAAGCCAGACAGGGACGAGUGGGGCAGCGGUGUUGAGGCUCUUGAAUGUGCCCUGCAGCUUGAGAAGAGCGUGAACCAGUCACUGCUGGACCUGCACAAGCUCUGCUCUGAUCACAAUGACCCACAUUUGUGUGAUUUCAUCGAGACACACUACCUGGACGAGCAGGUGAAGUCCAUCAAAGAACUGGCAGACUGGGUGACCAACCUGCGCCGCAUGGGAGCUCCUCAGAACGGCAUGGCCGAAUACCUGUUUGAUAAACACACCCUGGGCAAAGAAAGCAGCUAAAUCCCCCCAGACCACAUUUUCAUAAGCUUCUAUAUAUGUAUAUUUGUAUCUUGCUCCAAAUAUUUUCAAAAUAUGAAGCCAUCUGCAUGUGUCACUUAAACCUCUUAUAUUACUUGUCAUUACCUUCAUAUUACUCCUCUAUAGACCUGUGACAGUUAUCACAUUCAAGUCCCUCUCUUGUAUCUCGCACUUCUCUCUGCUAUCACCUGCGCCCUUGUCAUUACUUGCUGUGUUUUAUGCCAGGAGCUGUUAAUCAAACCAAAUAAAUCGAACCCUCUGGAUUCUGA